UCGUGUUCAGAAAUUUACAAAAGUCAAAGUUCACAGGAAAAUAGAGCUUAUCAACUUCUACUAGAUCAUGCGAAUGUCAAUAUUUACUGUCACAUGACUGAUGACCUUGACAGCUGCGGGGGUGGUGGAUGGACGAUGGUAAUGAAAAUGGAUGGCUCAAAGCAAACCUUCAACUAUAAUUCGGAACUUUGGAUUAACACUGAUGACUUCAAUCCUCAAGGUGGGGAGACUGGGUUUGACUUAAAUGAGACCAAGCUACCGACUUACUGGAACACAUCGUUCUCUAAGAUCUGUCUUGGAAUGAAGCUCGGCGAUCUUUUAAGGUUCACUGUCAUCAAAAAGGAAGCAAGUUCUUUGUACUCACUGAUCGCUGACGGACAAUAUCGUGAAACAUCACUGGGUCGUGACACAUGGAAGUCGCUGAUUGGCUCCGAGGCCUCUCUACAAUUAAAUUGCAACAAGGAAGGGUUCAAUGCUGUGGUUAAAGAUCAGCUUUCCAAAGCAAGAAUUGGUAUCAUUGCCAAUAACCAAAAUGAUUGCAAAUCCUGUGAUUCCAGAAUUGGCUUUGGCACAGGUGGCUCUCCUGACCACUCCAACACGUGUGGGAACACUGCAAAACACGGAGGGGAUAAUGGAGACAAACACAUCAAAGCCCUGGGCUACAUCUUGGUUCAGUGA